UCCACCGACGCCAAGGACCAGAGCGCCGAGCAGGCGUCGACGGACACCAAGGAGAGCGCCGAGCAGGCGGCGGCCGCCGUGGCCGGCCGCGGCACGCCCAAGAACCUGACGUUCGACGACGAGAACGGGAAGAUGGACGGCGUCGACCUGGUGAAGGACGACGGCAACAAGACGCGCAUCUCGGAGGAGAGCGCCAAGGUCGAAGGAGCCGCGCUGACGGUGAAGCCACUGGCCAAAGCGGCGGCGGCGACCACCGACACCGACACCACCAGCACGGCGGAGGCCCUGCCGAACGUCCAGGCGGAGCUGUUGACGGAGCGCGCGGCGCAGAACGGGUCGUUCACAACGCAGGCGGCGGAGUCCACCGAGGAGAAGAAGAAGCGCGCCGGCGCCGAGAAGAAGGCCAAGGGGAAUAAGAAGAAGAAGGCGCCGGGCGGAGGCGCGGCGACGCCGGCAGGGAAGUGGAAGCUGUGCAACUCGAGCGCCGGCGCCGACUACAUUCCGUGCCUGGACAACGAGGCCGCGAUCAAGAAGCUCAAGACGGACAAGCACUACGAGCACCGUGAGCGGCAUUGCCCCGCCGAGCCGCCGACGUGCCUGGUCCCGGCGCCGCCGGCGUACCGCGACCCAAUCCGGUGGCCGCACAGCCGCGACAAGAUCUGGUACCACAACGUGCCGCACACGGCGCUGGCCGAGUACAAGGGGCACCAGAACUGGGUGAAGGUCUCCGGCGAGCACCUAACGUUCCCCGGCGGCGGCACGCAGUUCAAGCACGGCGCGCUCCGGUACAUCGACCUGAUCCAGGCCGCGGCGGCGCCGGAGGGGGCGGUGGCGUGGGGCCGGCGCAGCCGCGUGGUGCUGGACGUCGGCUGCGGCGUGGCAAGCUUCGGCGGGUACCUGUUCGACCGCGACGUGCUGACCAUGUCGCUGGCGCCCAAGGACGAGCACGAGGCGCAGGUGCAGUUCGCGCUGGAGCGCGGGAUCCCGGCGAUCUCCGCCGUGAUGGGCACCCGGCGGCUUCCGUUCCCCGGCGGCGUCUUCGACGUCGUGCACUGCGCACGGUGCCGCGUGCCGUGGCACAUCGACGGCGGCAUGCUCCUCCUCGAGCUCAACCGCCUGCUCCGCCCCGGCGGCGUCUUCGUCUGGUCCGCCACGCCGGUCUACCAGAAGCUACCCGACGACGUCGAGAUCUGGGACGAGAUGGCGAAGCUGACCAAGGCCAUGUGCUGGGAGAUGGUGGCGAAGACGAAGCACACCGUCGUCGACGACCAGGUCGGCGUCGCCAUCUUCCGGAAGCCGGAGAGAAACGGCUGCUACGAGAAGAGGCCGGAGAAGGCGCCGCCGCUGUGCGAGCCCUCCGACGACCCCAACGCGGCGUGGAACAUCAAGCUGCGGGCGUGCAUGCACCGCGUGCCGGAGGACCCGUCGGAGCGGGGAGCACGGUGGCCGGAGCCGUGGCCGGAGAGGCUGGGGAAGGCGCCGUACUGGCUGGACGGCAGCCAGACGGGCGUGUACGGGAAGCCGGCGCCGGAGGACUUCGCGGCGGACCUGGAGCACUGGAGGAAGGUGGUGCGGAGCUCGUACCUCGCCGGCAUGGGCAUCGACUGGAAGACGAUCCGGAACGUGAUGGACAUGAGGGCCGUCUACGGCGGGCUCGCCGCCGCGCUACGGGAGAUGGAGGUGUGGGUGAUGAACGUGGUGACCAUCGACUCGCCGGACACGCUGCCGGUAAUCUACGAGCGCGGGCUGUUCGGGAUCUACCACGACUGGUGCGAGUCCUUCAGCACCUACCCGAGGUCCUACGACCUCCUCCAUGCCGACCACCUCUUCUCCAAGCUCAAGCCCAGGUGCAAGGUGUUGCCGGUGGUCGUGGAGGUGGACAGGAUCCUGAGGCCGAAUGGCAAGUUCAUCGUGCGGGACGACAAGGAGACGGUGGACGAGAUCCAGAGCGCGGUGAGGUCGUUGCAGUGGGAGGUCAGGAUGACAGUGUCCAAGAACAAGGAGGCGAUGCUGUGUGCGAGGAAGACGACGUGGCGGCCCACGGAGGUCGAGAGCAGAUGAUCGACCUAUGUAGCUGUAGCAGUCGUACUGUCAG